AUGGCAACUUCAGUAGAAGUCAGUGAUACCCAGUUUCGUUCACCAAGAUACGAAAGAACGCAGCAACAACCUGAGAACCCAUUUGCAUCUCUCAUACCCGACCAAAUAAUUGCGAUCAUCCCAUCUUUCACAUUAGAGUCCGGUGAAACUUUACAAAAUGUUCCCCUGGCAUACAGCACCCGAGGAAAACUAUCACCCAACCGCGAUAAUGCUAUGGUAAUUUGUCAUGCCUUGACCGGAAGUGCAGACGUCAGCGAUUGGUGGGGACCUCUUCUCGGCGGACCUGGUAGAGCUUUUGAUAUAUCUAGAUUUUUUGUGAUAUGCAUGAAUAGUCUGGGAAGCCCUUACGGAAGUGCAAGUCCGGUCACUUGCAAGAAUGGAGAUCCAAAAAAUGAGAGAUAUGGCCCUGAGUUCCCUCUGACAACUAUCCGAGAUGAUGUCAACAUUCACAAACUUCUUUUAGAUGACUUAGGAGUCCGGCAAGUAGCCGCGGUCAUAGGGGGAUCUAUGGGAGGCAUGUUGGUACUAGAGUGGGCAUACUUUGGCAAAGAAUAUGUUCGAGCUAUCGUUCCAAUUGCAACAUCCAGCAGGCAUAGUGCUUGGGGGAUCAGUUGGGGAGAAGCACAAAGGCAAAGCAUUUAUGCGGACCCGAAAUACGAUGACGGCUAUUACCCGUUCUCAGAUCCUCCAACAGCCGGUCUUGGCGCGGCACGUAUGUCUGCGUUACUUACUUAUAGAAGUCGGAACUCAUUUGAGGCAAGGUUUGGACGAAACAUACCCGAUGCUUCGAAGAGACAGACGAUAAGCGAAAAUCAACAACCCACCACAGCAUCGGAUAUACACCGAGCAAUUCACAAUGAUGGACACAGACAGACCAGAUCACCAAUUUCUUCGAGGCCUGGAAGCUCUGCUGCAAUUUCAACCAUGGCUAGUGAAAAUAUAACAGCAAAUGGCGGCAAUCCUGCAAACUUUACGGAUCCUCAAUUCCAUGGCGCAACUCCUUCCUCAUCCCCGCCACUGGAGCGCGCCGUUCCCAAGCGCAAAUCAACUUCUCAUUACUUCUCUGCACAAUCUUAUCUUCGCUACCAGGGUGAAAAGUUUGUUAAGCGUUUUGAUGGAAAUUGUUACAUUGCCAUAACCCGCAAACUCGACACUCAUGAUGUCUCUAGAUAUCGAGUGCCGGCAGAUUCGGAAAAUCCUAUUGCUGAAGCUCUUUCACAAAUCGAACAACCAACCUUGGUGCUUGGUAUUGAGAGUGAUGGACUCUUCACAUUUGAUGAACAGAAGGAGAUUGCCGCCUCGGUACCAAAUGCACGUCUCAAGAAGAUUGAAUCCCCUGAAGGUCAUGAUGCGUUCUUGCUACAGUUUGAACAGGUCAACCAACACAUCUUGGAAUUCUUGAAUGAAGUGCUACCUGAUAUUAUGGAAGCUCCUGGAAUUGAAAACGUGGAAGCUGAAAAUGGAGUAGGUGCUAUCACCAAAAGCAGCACCUUUGGAGAGGCAGAAGUGGAUGAUAUUACAGCAUGGUAA